ACUAACUAAAACCCGUGCCAUAUCUUUCGCAGAGUCGAUUUCAGCAUGGGCCUCCGACGCUACCGCCGGACGUUGCAGGCCACGACGCUACUCGGCACCGUCGGCGGCGUCGUCGUCGCCUACUAUGGCAUCACGCUCAGCUCACUCGUGCAGGCAGCGGCGCCGGGCGGCGCAAGGCUUGCCGUCGCGGCCAUCGCGCUCGCCACGAUCGGAUGUCUCUACGCCUGCGCGAGCAUGCUUGGCUUUUGCGGCUCGACGGCCAAGCACGAGCGUGUCCGGUGCCUCAUGAUCUACUUCUACGCGACAAUCGUUGUCAGCGUCUUGCUCGUCCUCUUCACGUACAUGGCCCUCGCCGCGCCGUCGGCCAUCGCCAACUGGCUACGACUGCACUGGUCGGUGCUCGGGCUCGAAGGCCACGCGUGCUGCCAAACGUACGACAGCGCCAUCACAUACCUCAGCCAUCGGUUCACGACGCUCGGUGGGCUCGCCGUCGCCUCGAUCGCGUGCAUGUUCGCGUCGCUCUACUGCGUCAUCAAGAUCGUGACCGUGCCCACCGUCAUGCGCGACAUCCUCUCCGUGAUCAACGUCAUAUUUGUGUUCCUCGGCCUUGCAACCUUCGGCUACGGACUCUACAUGAUGGCCCACGAUGCGCUCGACGCUGGCGAGGACUGGAUCGCUUCCAUCUUUACAGCCAUCGGCGUGGCUGUGUUUGUACUCGCCACGCUCGGACUCGUCGGUGCCAAGGCCAAGAGCCGGUCGCUGCUCCUUGCUUACGCAGUCGGCGUCGUGCUCUGUCUUGUCGUGCUGCUAGCGAGCGCCAUCUUUGCCUUUGUCGCCGCAUCGCAUCUCGCCACGUCGUAUGAGCUCACCCACGACGCCGGUGACAUUGCGUGCACGGCCCGGCUGUUUGGCUGCUCCAACUGCACGGGCGACGUCCAGUGCCUUGGAGCCCAGCGACGCAGCCCGACCUUGGACGUGUGGCAGCCAUGCAAUGCGUCGAGCCCCGAGCCAUGCCUGCACCUUGCGACUGUGCUCUUUCCAAUGCCGUCGAUGGCGUCGGUGCCGUCGCCGUUGUACAACCAAGUGGCGCCGUGUGGUCACUGCCCCGAGUGGCCAGCGGUCGAAGUCGCGUCCUACAUGCAGCGGAGCCUCGACUUGGUCGGUAUUCUCUGCUUGGUCAACUGGCUCUUCUUGGCCAUUGCGCUCGUCGCAGCUCUCAUCCUCCGCCGCAGCCUGCAAGGCUACCAGACAGAGUCCAUCUAACAACAACAUGGC